AGCGGUUGUUGAGUCUCUGCCGUCGGAGUCUCUGUCUCGCGCGUCUGCAGCAUUCAAAUUGAAUUUCAAUACACGGCGGAGCGUUCACGCGAGCGGAUUCACAUUGUGUGUGCGUUGGGCAUUACGAUUUUGCCGUAUCGAUCGAAUUUACGUUUUGCUUUUUGUCGCCUUUGUUUUGCGAUUGCGUAUACGCCGCGUCUGCCCACUGCAGUGUUUACACAUUACGUUGCACUCUCGUCUCGUGUCAUUCGUGUCGCAUCACGCUGCGUCGUGCCACGUUUUCUUCUUCUGCCGCGACUUUGGCGUCUUCUCUCUUCGUGUCACGAUCAAUUGCUGAUGUACCUGUACCCCAACAACGGCGCAUUGUGGGCGACCAGCGCAUUGCUCGCCCUUGGCUUUGCCACCUGCACGCUGCAGUCCGUUGAUCCACUCGUCCCUGCCCCCGACUGCGAUAUACCCAACGAAACGAAACGCGGCAUCUGUGUGCAGGUGAACGAAUGUGCCGCCUAUUUACAGGUGCGCAAUGUGACCAAUUUGAGCUCGGAACGCGUCAAUUUCCUGAAGAAGGUUCAAUGCGAAGUACAGAGGCAGAAAAAAAGUGAUGCAGAUUACAAGCCACUUGUUUGCUGUCCAGCUAAUGGCCAGGACUAUCUCUAUCCGGUCAUACAGUUCUCCAAGUUCGAGUAUCGUCGCUUUUUGGAUGUAACGGCGCGUUUCAAGCGCAAAAAGCUCAAGCGACGCAUACAAACGGUGGAGCCGAGCACGGGCUUCAAUUUGUUGAACGAAUGCGGCAAGCAGGUGACAAAUCGCAUCUAUGGCGGCGAAAUUGCCGAGCUGGACGAGUAUCCCUGGCUGGCACUGUUGGUCUAUCAUUCAAAUGACUAUGGCUGCAGUGGAGCUUUGAUCGAUGAUCGUCAUAUACUAACAGCCGCCCACUGUGUGCAGGGCGAAGGCGUGCGAGAACGACGUGGACUCAAACACGUGCGUCUGGGCGAAUUUAAUGUGAAGACGGAGCCAGACUGCAUAGAGGAACCGAACUAUUUGAGUUGUGCGGAUGCCGCACUGGAUAUUGCCUAUGAGCACAUUCAUGUGCAUCCGGAGUACAAGGAGUACUCGAACUACAAGUACAACGAUAUUGCCAUUAUACGACUGAAGCAUCCGGUUUCAUUCACGCACUUCAUUAUGCCCAUUUGCCUGCCAAACAAAAGCGCUCAGACGCCGCUCGUCGAGGGCCAAAUGUUCUCGGUCUCCGGCUGGGGACGCACCGAUCUCUUCAAUAAUUACUUUAUUAACACGCACAGUCCCAUCAAGCUGAAGCUGCGUAUUCCCUACGUCUCCAACGAGAACUGCAGCAAGAUUCUCGAUUUAUAUGGCGUUCGUUUGGGACCGAAGCAACUCUGCGCCGGAGGUGAAAAGUCAAAGGACACGUGUGCCGGCGAUAGUGGAGGUCCUUUGAUGUACUUUGAUCGUCCAAACUCUCGCUGGGUGGCCUAUGGCAUCGUUAGCUACGGGUUCACACAAUGCGGAUCUGGACCCGGAGUUUAUACGUCCGUCUUGAGCUACAUGAGUUGGAUCGAGAGCAUCAUAAAGGCGCAGAGUUAAGAAUUUCGAAUUUAUGGAAUGCUGGCACGUCAAGAUUGACGUCAGAUUUAGACUUUGGGCUGUUUUAUUUUUGUGUUUUUUGUUUUGCUAUUCAAAGAACGUUUAACAAUUAGGGGCGCCUAGGCGAACGAGGGGCUGAUUGACGUGGGUGGGGAGGGAGCGAGGGCAUUGUACUGUUUGUGUCUCUAAAUAUUUGUACAUAUUUUGCUAAUUAUCUAACUUUUUUCACCUUACGAAUAGUGUGUGUGCUGUGCGUAUGUGAGUGUGAGUGACUACGUAUAUGUAUAUGUAUGUAUGUGUGUGUGUUAACAAAAGUCUGAAAAACAUGUUUCUAUUUAAAUAAUCUAUUAAAAUAUUUACACACACUUGUGGUUUCAAUUAAUCAAAUGCCAGAAAUGUUUCGAGACUCCAUCUUCACCACUGGCCUUGGCGAUUUGAUAGUUGGAUUUAUGGCUGCUAACUGGAGCUGGAUUUCUGUUGACCAAGUCGCUGUUGAUGAUAAUGAUUCAUGUUGGAAAACGAAAUUACAAUAAAAUGUUUAGUAUAUACAGUAUUGCCCUUGAGUGAUCGACGAGAGUUGAAAGAAAAUGGCCAACAGGGAGACAGUCGUCAGUCGUUGUCAGCCGUCAGCUGUUUCACUACUUUUCCAGCAGCUGGUUAAACUUGAUAUUGCAGUUUUUUGAUGUCGUCAUUGAUUGCCACACUUUGCUUUCACUGCCCAUUCGCGUGCACCAGUCGAACAUCAUCAGCUCCAGACCUGACACGGCUCGACUCUCAGUCGCGACUCAUUUCGACUCGGCCAAUUUAAGCGACAAUGAUGCAAUGCAGCCAACGAGUCAGCAGCGAAGUGGUGGACAAGACGAAGACAACGACGAAGACGCAGCCGAAGUCGAAGUCGAAGUCAACUGCUGCCCAAAAUUCAAAUCGAUGUCAUUCAUCCAUCAGGCAGGCAGGCGGUUUAUAGCCAAAAAUAGCAGCAAAACAAAGCACAACAUUUGUAUGCACAGUUAGCUGCCAGUUGGCUUGGCCCCCCUUUUUCAACAGUCCCCCACUCACCCGCGCUUUGGGCCAUCGUUCUGCACACUGUGCCACUGACCAAAAUUGGCCUGACCAAUUGGCUGAAUGAUGAUCAUGAUUGUCAUUAUCAUCGUUGUCAUCAUGACGAAGACAAGCUGUGCGUCAGCGCAGUGAAAGUGAACUUGACUCUUUGACGCGCUCAUCUGGAUGCUGAUGUUGGCGUUAAUGUUAAUGUUAAUGUUAUGGCUCAUAUGCGAGUGUGUGUAUACACACACAUACGUAUAUGAUAUAUGCCACAUUAAUAUUCAUGAUGAAGUUUAUCAGGCAGAAGACAGCUUGGCGCUUCAACGCUUUGGCUGCAUUACUAUUACUAUUGUUGUUAUUAUCGCCCUGUUUGCUCUGCUCAUUAUGAAGCUUUGGCGAUUUUUUCGUUAACCUUGAACUACAUCGAUAUGCGUGUGUACAUAUACAUAUAUAACGUAUGAUUAAUGUUGGCGAAUUGGCAAACA